AUGUCUUUCCUUCUUACUUUAGUAACCUUUGGACAAUCAUAUAAGAGCAACAAUGAACAGGUAAUGAAGAAUAUCCAACUCCAUCACGUGAGCACUCAAAAUUAUAACCAAUGGAUACCUCUAGAAAUAGAUUCCGAUUUCAAUUAUGCUGCUUACUUAGACGAUGGAAUGACUUGCAAAUCUCCUGGUCAAAAGAUUACAUUUAGAGGCGAAGAGUAUAUAUGCAAUCAAAAUCAAGUUUUAUCAAAUAUGCAAGUAGUUUCAUUGCGAUCUGCAAUGUACAAUAUCAAUACAGAAUUAAAGAAAUUCAUUCUAAUUAAAAAAAUCGCCUCAUUAGAAUACAGAAAUAUUAAUGGCAUAUUAGAAAUAGGAAAAGCUCAAAAAAUCAAUGCCAAUACAAUUCAUUUGAUUAUUGCUUCAAGGCCAUUUAAAGAUCAAGAUGAAACAGUGCAGAAUCCAUUAUAA